GUAUGUUUACAUUUUUUGCCUGGCAACCAUUUGAAUUCAAGAUGGCGACAAGCAAGGGAGCGAAUACUUACAAUCGGCAAGGUUGGGAAGAUGCUGACUUUCCAAUUCUUUGUCAGACGUGCCUUGGUGAUAAUCCUUAUGUUCGAAUGAUUAAGGAGAAAUUUGGCAAGGAAUGCAAAAUUUGUGAAAGGCCGUUCACAAUAUUCCGAUGGUGUCCAGGUGCCAGAAUGAGAUUCAAGAAAACAGAGGUUUGUCAGACAUGCAGCAAAAUUAAGAAUGUUUGUCAAACAUGUCUCUUGGAUUUAGAAUAUGGGUUGCCAAUUCAGGUUCGUGAUGCAGCAUUAAAUAUUAAGGAUGAUAUGCCAAAAUCAGACGUUAAUAAGGAGUUCUACACACAAAACAUGGAAAAACAACUUGCAAAUUCUGAAGGAGCAGGAGCACUUGGUAAGGCCCAAGCCCCCAGCGACCUCUUAUUAAAAUUAGCGAGAACAACACCUUACUACAAGCGUAAUCGACCUCAUAUCUGUUCAUUCUGGGUCAAAGGAGAAUGUAAACGUGGGGAGGAGUGUCCAUACAGACAUGACAAACCUACCGACCCAGACGAUCCUCUUGCUGAUCAAAACAUCAAGGACCGUUUCUAUGGAAAUAACGAUCCAGUAGCUGAUAAGCUCCUCAAGAGGGCGUCCCAGAUGCCCAAGCUAGAGGCGCCUGAAGACAGGCUUGUUACUACUCUCUAUGUUGGAGGCCUUGGCGAUAAAGUAGCAGAGAAGGAUUUAAGAGACCACUUCUACCAAUUUGGUGAAAUACGUAAUAUUAACGUGGUCCAGAAACAGCAAUGUGCGUUUGUACAAUUCACCUCGCGUAGUGCGGCUGAGUUAGCAGCCGACCGGUCAUUCCAGAAGCUGAUUAUUAAAGGACGUCGUCUUAACAUUAAAUGGGGCAAGUCUCAGGCCCAGCAAGGCCUUAUGGGCAAAAAGGAUGAUGGAGAUAAUGAAGUCCAGUAUGAGGCUGUUCCUGGGUUACCUGGAGCUCUGCCACCGCCACCAAUAUCUGCUGAAGAAAGCAACAACUUUUUCAAUCUGAAUCAGCCUCCUCCUAUGCUUCCGCCAGUACCUCCACACAGACCUCCAGGCAGGCCCCCAGGCAUGCCACCACAAGGAAUUCCCCCAGGACAAGGACAACAGAGGGGUUUCCCUGGUCUACCUCCUCCACCAAUGCAUCACCAUGAUAUGGGUUUUCGAGGACCACCACCAAGAGGCCCGCCACCAUUUCAUCAUGGAGGACCGCCACGGCAUCCUGCACGAAUGCGAGGCCCACCUCCUCCACCUCCCCCAGGAGUUGGUCUACCUCCCCCUCCCCGUCAAGGCGUUCACUAUCCUUCACAAGAUCCGCAGCGUAUGGGGACAGCAGCAGGCGGUGGUGGAGACGCACAAAACUAGCCUCAUUUUUUUUUCUUCCCCGUCUUUAAAUUGUUUAUACUGCUUGGGUCCUGAUAUCUGUUGUUACCAUAGCUGGAAGAUGUAUAGCCAAACAUACUCUUUCAGAUCUAUUUCUAUAAUCCUUUAUCAACACUAUCAAAGUUUACACGAGAAAGUGUGAUAUGCACAUAUUUGUGUGUAAUGUUUGUGUGAUAACUGUGUGAUAUGACAUCAUCGUGUUCAUUAUGGACAAAUCACAGAUAUUGUUACAGAAAACUUGAUAGUAUAAAAAAAAUGAAACAAGCAUAGUCUGAUCAUACAUUUAUCUGACAAAUAUCUGAAAGUGUAUGCCAAGCUUAAUAAUGAUCCCAUGCCUAUGGUUUUAAAGCCCUGUCCAGACUAAUUUUAUUUGAUAAAAACAUGUGACAUGCCUAAAUAUGGUCAUGAUGACAACAUCAUGACCAUAUAUAGGCACAUCAUGACUAUAUAUGGGCAUUCAACAGUUUUUUUGUCAAAGAACAUUUGAUAGUUUGGACAGAGCCAUAUGGAUACGAAUAUGACCCAGUUACCCUUAGGUUGUUUCCUACUGUAAUGUUGUUAAUACAAGCAAUAAAAAUUAAACUGUAAAAAGAGGUAUUACUUGUAUUUUGAAAAUACAUGUUAGUUGGAAUUUAAGCUAGGCUGGAACUACUGCUUGUUGUAUUGAACCCAAAAUUGUAGUUGCCAUAGCUGGCAAGCACUAGCUUCUGUCUUGCUAACUAAUGAUAAAGAGAGAAUUGAGAAGCAGGCAAUAAGCCACUUCAGAGUUUGGACUGCAUAUGGCAGUAUUUGAGGUCAAUCGACAUUAAAUAAACAUUUAACACACACGACAUAGGACUCCAAUUUGGCGUGGCUUUUUAAAUCAUGUUAAUUUUAUGAAGCUAUUA